UGCAGGUAAACCAGAAUACAGCAAUAAGGUACAAUGUGUCCUGUGCUGGACAGGACGGGCAGGUUUUCCCUCAUUCCCUAAGCAUCCUGGGUAACAACACAUCUAGUGAUAUAUACUUGUAGUGUUAUUACCUAAUAUGUGAGCGUGCAGUCACAGAGGUGGUCAUAUGGGAUAAUACACCGGAGGCAGUGGGAGCGCUGGAUUCUGCAGCUGCAAUCUGACACAGGCUGGCGGAUCUGUACACUGCUUACUGCGAGCAGAACAGGUGACGGGAGAACAGUCCUGCGCUGCACAGAGAUGAACAGCCAGGAGCUGGGUCCCGGCAUUAUCCAGCAGGACUGGACCCCCAGCGUGUACCCGGUGUAUGAAGAAGACAGUAACAGCAGCUGCGGAUCCCUGGGGACGUCUGUACGGAGUGUGAAGGCCAGCGAGGGAGAGGACAAUGACCCAGACGCUGAGGAGAAGGUUUGCACUGUGUGUGGAGACAGGGCCAACGGGUAUCACUUCCACGUCCUGACCUGCGAGGGCUGCAAAGGAUUCUUCAGACGUUCCAUGGCUAAAGCAUUAACCUUCACCUGUCCGUUCACUCGCACCUGUACCGUCGCCAAAAACAAGCGCCGGAGGUGCCAGGCCUGCCGGCUCCAGAAAUGCCUUGACGUGGGGAUGAGGAGAGACAUGAUCAUGUCAGAGGACGCCCUGGUGGCGCGACGCGAGCUGAGGGUGAGGAAGAAGCAGGAGCGUCUGCAGAAGGUCCACAAGGUGUCGGAGGUGGGGUCUCUGACGGAGGAACAGAAGCAGCUCAUCGCCAUCCUCAUCGAGGCACACAGAAAGCACUUUGACUCCAAUUUUAACAAUUUUGUGGGUUACAGGCGAUCUCCUUUCUCUUCCGAAUGGACACCCCGCUCCGUAGACAGCGUUAGCCCCAAUGACAGGAGGCUGUCACCAAAUGCCCAACAGCUGACUGACGGCGUCCUCCAGACCGAUGCCUUCAGGGAACUGCCCCAUUUUGCCGACCUCAGCACCUACAUGAUUCAACAGAUCAUCAAAUUCGCCAAAGAGAUACCAGCUUUCCGGGCUCUGCCCAUCGAUGACCAGAUUUCCCUUCUGAAGGGCGCCACCAUGGAAGUUUCCCUGAUCCAGAUGAAUUCUGUCUUUAACCUGGAGACCAAUAUGUGGGAGUUUGGACGAAUAAAAUUAAGUGUACAGCACGGCGUCAUGACCGGCUUUCAGGAGCUGUAUCUGGAGCCGCUGCUGAAGUUCCACGUCACCUUACGCAAGCUGAAGCUACACGAGCCGGAGUACGUUCUGAUGCAGGCCCUGGCGCUGUUUUCCCCAGACCGUCCAGGUGUCAUGGAGCACAGCGUUAUUGAUGAGUUUCAGGAGAAAACCGCCCUGACACUGAAAUGCUACAUCGAUUACCACCACCCGCUGCCAGACAGCAGGUUCCUGUACGCCAAGCUCCUCUCCCUGCUGGCAGAACUUCGCACCUUGAAUGAUGAAAAAACCAGACAGAUCGUUCACAUCCAGAAUAUAACGUCUGACGCCAUGACACCGCUAAUGAAAGAGCUUUACAGCUAAGAAGAAAAGAAAAGGAAGGAUUGGCGCAACGUCACAAUGCAGACAAACGCCUACAGAGAGCUAGUUAUCAACCUGCACUCAUACCUCCCAACACCUGGAGGCUGACGAGCGGGGCUCUCUGCGCAGCAAGGGGGGCGUGACCUAAUAAAAGGGGCAUGGCUUUGUGUGAAUGACACGAUUGCGAGUCACGCCUCCCAUUUCUGUCACAGUGGGGGCAUGCUCUGUGAGCUGCUGCCCAUGCCCCAGUCCCUCCGCCUCACUGGAAUAGCGUCUAUUCACCACUGCUCUGCUCUAAACAGAGCAGCGAGUGCAGGAGCCUCCUAACUGCCCCCCCAUCAUGGGACACUGCGGUCCGCAGGAGGAACAGCGGGACAGACCCCCAAAAAACGGGACUGUCCCGCAAAAAUCGGGACAGUUGGGAGGUAUGUGAACUGGACAAGCCAGGAUGUAUUUCAUGUACAAUGCACUUACGCCAAAGUGUAAUAUAUAGCAGGACAAGUGGUUUUAUCUCGGGAUAUACCUCUAAAGGACGUUUUGGUGUGAAUGGAGUAAUGGGAUCAGUGGUGUAAGAUCAACAUAGGUCCAGGGACCUUACGUACAAACAAGAAGUUAUCAGUGACCCUACAGGAGGUGGACUUCUCCUUCUUCUCAGAGUUAUGGAAGCACUUGCACUUGAAUUGCUCCAAAUUACAAUUUUCUAAAACAGACAAAGCUCUGACCCAGAAAUAUGAACUUAUGGUCCCUGCAAGAAAUGGGUUCAGAACUUCAGACACCAGUCAAGUGCAAGCUCUUCUGCAGUUAUACGGCACCACAUAGGAUUCGCAGCGCCCAAUUACAGAGUACAUAAACAAAUAAGCAAAACAAGAAUGAAUGAAUAAAAAUAACAGACGCCAGCCACCGACGGGGGUUAAAGAACUACGGUACAUAACAUGUGACCACAGCCGUGGUUAUAGGAAGCUUGCAUCUGUAUUUGUGAACAGCACUUGAACGAUUUAGCAGAUUACAUCAACUCAUUAUUAUUGCAUUAAUGACCCUGACGGUCUGCGCAUCAGAUGGAAACUGCACGCUAGGUAAACACAGAUACUCUGAAUAAGUAAUGUAUACACAGGUAUAUUUCUCUGAAGCCCUUUAUAAUGGCUCAGACGCCCAUUCACAUCAGCUAAUGGAAAGGAUGAUUGAGGAAUAUGUCAGUUGUGUGAACAACGGUUCUGGAGAUUAUACUAAGACUAUGGAAUCGACACUAAUGUCUUGUACAUUGUAUACCGUAUAAUGCUAGGGGACCUCUCUUAUUCCCAUAUAAUAUUCAAAAGCGCUGCAUCAUUUAUGAGUUACAAGUGAAGCGUUAAAUAGGAGUCAUCACCCACCCAAUGUGAAGGCAGCCAUAUUUGUUUUUUAGCUGACCCAGUAUUCAGCCAAUCAGAUCAGUAGGACCUAGUGACAUCACAGAGACGUGGGGAACUGUCUAGUUAGGUCUGCAGUUCUGAUGAACUUAUGCGCUUCAUUCUAGUGAAUGUUUUAAACUAUGAGUUGUAAAUGAUUGCCACUUUAAAACAAAUCAGAGUUCAUCUGGGGACCUACACCUCUGGCCAACACCUACGUCAUUACAUCCAACCCACCAAUUUAAAUGGGGACUAUCCUGCUUAAAUCUGGACAGUUGACCUACAAAACAGAGUUUGCUGCUUGUGUAGGCGACCGGUGCACUGACAGCGGGUAGCCUAACCCUAACUCUCUGCUGCCGGCACGUGUAGCAUGUCAGCAUUUCACGAGGUGACAUUCAUCACAUGCCGACAUGUUAAAAGUUGUCAAGUUAACAAUGUUGGCACCAUAACAUUCAACAUUGUGAUGCUGACAUUUUGACUACAUCUUAAGACAUUUUGCAAAAAAAACAUUUAUGCAUGCAGUGUAUUCAGUCAACCUGUAGAUGGCGCUGUAUGCUGCUGUCAACUGCAGAAAGAUUGGUUUACUUUAACCUAAGCUGCAGAGAAAUCACAUUGCAGCGCCAUCUACUGGUGCUGAUAAGGUGCUACACUACAGCAAUACUUGGGCAAAAAAGCACAUGUUCUCUAAGGGAAAUUAUCAUCGUAAGUAAAUGUUUUGUAGUUCUCCCUACAGAUUUCAGUUAAUGUGCUGUGUAUUGGAUAUACGGUGUAUUGGAUGAGGUCUACUGCAAUUGGGAACAGAGACGGUACAGCCUAUUCCUGGCUACAUACGACACUUAUUGAAAGAUGCUCAAAUUCACCAUUUCAGCCUGUAACAAAGGUUCUGAGGGGUUCCGGAUGACACGCCAACCGGAAGAAUGCAGACAACAAAAAGACCGACAACAGAAGACAGACAGUGGUGAAACACCGACAGAUAAAACUCAGACAAAGUUAAUAUAUAGACAAUGGAAACACAGACAAGGCCAACAGCCCUACAGAACAAAGACCGACAGUUCAUAAGUCAGACAACAGUCACAACGACAACCCCAAAACCGACAGCGCAUACAUCGACAACUAAACAGACCGACACGUCAUCCAUCAGACAACAAUGAUACCGAACCACAACAGACCGACAGCAUAUACACAGACACAUAAAAGACCAACAGAACACACGUCAGAUGUGCAUUAGACCGACACGCAAAAGACCGACAGCGCAUACAUAGACAUUAAAAGAGAAUGAAAUGUCAUUUACCAGACAUCAAUUAAAUAGACAAUCUGAGAAUACAGACAGCACAUACAUAGACAGCUAAAUGACCGACAAUACAUAUAACAGACUCCAAUAAGACCGACACGUAGAAGUCCGACAGCGUAUACAUAGACAGCUAAAUGACCGACAAUACAUACAUAUAACAAAAUCAAAUAAUACCGACAUGCAAAGACCGACAGAUUAUUAUGACAGGGGCCAAUAUAUCGAUUUCACAGACUUCUGAGAUUUUCAUUUCCCCAGCACUAUCCUCCUACACACAGACAUGUCGCCGCGUACACUCCUGCACCCUUAGCUCCAAAUAGCUAUUGCGGGUGGACGGGGGUCCUAGCGUCCAGUCCUGUAUGGCCCCCUACCGCUGGCAUGAGCUACCACCAUAGCUCAUCGUCACCUCAGCAACCCCCUGCGAUACUCUCAUCCGUGGAACUACAUGUCCCAGCCAGACCUGUCCACCCCACUCCCGUCCCCCCCGCUAUUUCUGGGCGCCCUGUCCAGGACGCCUCCAUCGUCACCCCAGCAAUAGUAUGCCGUCUAGGCUAAGACGUGCCUACGCUAAUAGCAUUACCCCCGGCGCUACUUUCAUCCGUGGAACUACAGGUCCCAGCCAGACCUGUUGGCGUUCUAACUAGCGAGCCCAACUCAUACAGGCUAAUUUCAUGUGCGCAACGACCCCCCCCCCUCCCACACACACACACACACCUCCCCCCAGUCCCUGCAGCGCACCCCUUCCCCUUAGUCACCCCUCUCACAUGCCCCCGGGCGCAUGGCUUUAGUUGUGUACUCCAGUGCGGGGUGAAAUACCCUUCCCCGGCACCCCUCCAUCGCUAUUGCAGGCGAUAGCGGGCCGUCCAGGACGAGACGCUAUGAGUCCUGUCCACCUGCAAUAGCUAUUGAGAGCGUUGCGUCCAGGUAUGGACGCGACGCCGUGACUGAGUGUACAGGGGUGGUGUAGGAGAACUACAAGUCUCAGGACUGACGAUAUGGCCCUGUUUCUGAGUAAGAAUACCUGUCUAAUAACUGUCUUAUGUGUAAUAUAUUUUGCCAAUUAAUGUGUGUCGGUCUUAUUAAUGUCUGACAUAUGUCCUGUCGGACUUUUAACUGUCUAUAUAUGAGUUAUCUGUCUUUUUUGUGUCGUCUUAUUAAUAUCUGACAUAUGUCCUGUUGGACUUUUAACUGUCUCUAUAUGAGUUGUCUGUCUUUUGUGUGUCGGUCUUAUUAAUGUCUAUGUCCUGUCGGACUUUUAGUGUGUCAGUCUAAUUGAUGUCUGAGUGAGGACAUUUCUGUCUCUUUAUUUGUCUAUGGAUUCGCCGUCUGUCUAUUAACUAUGUAUGUGCUGUCUAUCUCUUAAAUGUCUAUGUAUUCGUUGUCGGUGUUAUGUUUGUGUCGGUCUACUUGUUGUCUUAUAAAUGCCCUGUCGGAAUUUCAGGUGUCUAUGUAUUCAAUGUCGGUCUUCAACAGCGUCUUAUAAUACGUAUCUGAUGGAUAAAUGUUGGACUUUUUUUUAGUCUGUGUAUACGCUGUCGAUCUUUUAUAUGUCUGAUUAAUUACAUUGUCUAACUUAUCUAUGUCGAAGUAUGAUUAAUGUCUAACUAUUAUUUGACGGGAAUCCUCCAGCGUCUGACAAGCACUGUCGGACUAAUGAAUGUCGGUAAAAUAACAAUAGGACCGCUAUACCACACCCGGUUCUGAGACAUAGUAACAUUAUUUUACAAUAAAAUUAUAUUUUUAAACAA